AGAGCGGGCGAGAGGCAAGACUCGAAGCCGCGAGGGGCGUCGCUGCUGCUGCUGCUGCUGCUAAACUAAACUAAACUAAACUAAACUAGACUGCUCGGCAGCCGCAGGGCGACUCGCUCCGAGAGUUUGGCUCCUGCUUGCGGGGAGAGAGAGCGGAGGGCGCUUUCGCCCCGGUGGAAACAAGUGGAAGGAGAGCUAGUAGGGGAGCUGGGUGGGGCAGCACAGGCCAACCACUUCCCCUCUCUUGGAGAAGCGAGUUUUGUGACAAAGGGCGAGGCGGACCGGACGCUAACUUUCCUCCGUGGAAAGCCCAGCUCUUCCUUGCGCCUCUUCCUAGCGCCCGCUAGGCCCGAUAAUAUACAGUUGUGCUUUUGAGACUAGGGAGUUUUCUCUAAGUAUUUCAGGGGCAUGGACUGGAGCCAUAACGCGUGUGGAAGGAGAGAGAAACCCUUAACGGAAUCCAGAUUGGACAUCCGGCGUCUUCAACUUGCAUUGGGGAAGCGGGAGAAACCACCCCCUAUUGGUUUCAACGGGAGUUUCCCUCUCGGUGUGCUAAUUUCUAGCGCUUGAGGAGAAAUCCCUGAGAGCAGAGUGUUAAAUCCGCCAACCAGCUGCGUUACCGUCUGGAUCAGGCAUCCCCAAACUGCGGCCCUCCAGAUGUUUUGGCCUACAAUUCCCAUGAUCCCUAGGUAACAGGACCAGUGGUCAGGGAUGAUGGGAAUUGUAGUCCAAAACAUCUGGAGGGCCGAAGUUUGGGGAUGCCUGGUCUGGAUCCUCGUGAGGCACGUUAUCGUUAUUUUUAUUAACUAAAUUUCUAUACUGUACUGCCCUUCAUCCGAGGAUCACAGAGCUGCUUACAAUAUAAAAACACAAAAAUACAUAACAUAGUAACAAACUGAAGCAAUAACCCCCUCACAGGUCAUAUAGAUGGUGUGGGAGAAGAGGAAUGUUUUUGCCUGGCGCAUGAACGUAGCCAAGGAGGGGGGUAAAACAAUAGAAAUACUUAACUGGGCAAUCACGUUGGUUCUGCCCACUAACAAAAGUCCUGCCCCUCAACACAAUUAUUAUCCAUUUCUGCAUGGCCUGGCACCUAAAGAUGUGUCACAAAGGCACCAGGCAAUCCUUCCUGGGGAGAGCAUUCCACAAGUGGGGAACCACCACAGAAACGGGCUGUUGCCAACCUCCAGACUUCUCACAGAGGGGACACACGAAAAAGAGCCACAGGUGACAAUUGCAGGGUCUGGGUUGGUUCCUAUGGGGAGAGGCAGCCCUUGAGGUAUUGCAGUCCUGAGUCAUUUAAGGCUUUAUAGGUCAAAACCAGCCUUUCAAAUUGGGCUCAGAUACUAAUUGGCAGCCAGUGCAGUUGGGCUAGGAUUGGUAUAAUAUGCUCAAACUGUCUUGCCCUGGUGAGCAACACCUGGAGUUUCUGAACCAUCCUCAGGGGCACCCCCACUUAUAACAUGUUGCAGUCAUCUAAUCUAGAGGUUACUAGAGGAUAGGCAACAAAAGUUAGACUGUACCUGUCCAGAUAGGGGCACAGCAGCAGGAGCUGAUGGAAGGCACUCUGUGCCACUUGGGGCCACCUGAGCCUCAGGUGACAGCAGUGAAUCUAGAAGCACCUCCAAGCUGCAUACCCACUCCUUCAGAGGGAGUGUAAACCCAUCAGGAGUUUUGGAAAUUUGUGUAAAAAUGAACAAGCCUUCAUUCCUGGCUAAAAUGUGGCCCUUUGGCAUGCUAUUGACCAGGGGUAGGCAACCUAAGGCCCAAGGGCCGGAUGCGGCCCAAUCGCCUUCUCAAUCCGGCCCGCAGACGGUCCGGGAAUCAGUGUGUUUUUACAUGAGUAGAAUGUGUCCUUUUAUUUAAAAUGCAUCUUUGGGUUAUUUGUGGCACAUAGGAAUUCGUUCAUAUUUUUUUCCAAAAUAUAGUCUGGCCCACCACAUGGUCUGAGGGACGGUGGACCAGCCCAUGGCUGAAAAAGGUUGCUGAGCCCUGCUGUUGACUUUCCAGAAGCCCUAACUCAGCAACAGGAAAUUCUCUGGCCUCUAGAUGGCACUGUGAACCCCAGAAAAACAGUUCAAGUUGAGAAAGUCAAAGAAAAAAACAAGUCGUUAAAUUAAAAAAUCCUCAAACCAGAGCAACAGCCUAAUAACAGUUAGUGACAGGACAUCAGCUCGAUCUUUUCAUUGCUAAAAACAAUAUAGGCUACACAAACAUAAAUGAAAUAUAGAAAAAGAAAGGGAUCCUCAACAUUUUGCCAUUGUCUAUCCUAAAGUAUUAUUGACUGCCCAUUCCUUAGUGUUAAAGAUUUGAGUGAAGUUCACAGGUGAAAUAUAGGAGACUAUGGUUUUUGUCUUUAUUUUUUGGCAAGGUGUGUGCGUGCUGCAAAAGAGAGCAUGUGAUCUCUUUUGCAAGGGAAACUAUGAGUGGGCAGUGAGUUCCUAACAAGUGUUCAUUCAGCAAAACAGACACUUGUGUUCCCAUCCCAAAUGACUGUAGACACCUGUUUAGGGGAAGAAACACCCCAAAUUAUUAUCCAUUUCUGCAUAUGCUGUAUCAACAGGAAUAAUUUCUUAAGGCUAUCUAAUUCAUUCUCAAAACUAUUCUGUGAUGAAGGGCAUUGUUACUCCAGUUUUAGAGAUGAGAUAUGAGAGGAAGUAAAAUUCCUAAAGCCAAACAGAGAGUUUUCAUAUCCAAGUAAGAAUGUUUCUUCUGGGGUGUGUGUGUGUGUAUAACGUAAGGCUGUCAUCACACAGCUUCUACUGGAUGAUUUGUAGUGCCUCAUCACAAUCCUGGAUGUGCAUGACAUCAGGGCAGGGGAGGGAGCAAAAGAGAAGGCAGAAAAUAGACACAGAAGCAAAAGGUGGUUUAAAACAACAGCAGGGGUGGAGAACAAAGGGGGGAAGUGGCUAUUUUAAACUGGCAAGAGGUUUGAAUAAAGUGAGCAGGAAGGGGAAAUAGCAUUUUAAAACAAGGUUUGAGACUUGAGUACAGAGAGAAGGCAGUUAAAGAAAGGCUCUGUUGUGCUAGCUUCUCUGUACCUAUCUGUACGAUUUCUCUUUGCUAAAAGUGUUUUGUUUUGUUUUUUUAAAACCAACCCCUUAGUAUCCUUCCACCACUCCUUUACUCAAUCUUCUGCUUAAAAGCCACAGAAUCUUUUGCAAAUCUCUGAAAGUGACAAUGGAAAGUCGGAUGGUGGCGGUCUUGGAUAUAGAUGUGAUGAUACCAUGUGAGAUCUCUGAAUACAGUACUCCAGAGCUAAAGAUCACAAACAUUGCUGUUGAGUGGUAUUGGAAGGCCUCUUCCAAGGAAGUGGAAAAUAUAGUAUACACCAUUGUUUCUGGAGUGCCUACAUCUUAUAGAAACGGUGCAAGAAUGGAUGAAAGUGAACUAAAAAAAGGCAAUGCUGCACUUUUCCUCCCCCAAAUACAGAUUAGUGAAGAAGGAAUAUACAGAUGUUCUGUGACUGUCACCCCAGUUUCAGAUGAAGGAACCACUGUUCUAGAGUUAAUUGCUCAGCCUUCUAUAAAGCUGUCUCCCAGGACAGUUGAACUAGAAAAUGGCAAGGAGAAGACCCUGUCAUGUACAGUGAAUAAAUUCUAUCCUCUUUCGAUUGAGGUUCAUUGGGAGAAAAAAUCUGAACAUGGCAAUAAUGAAGUUGUACCUGCAGAUGAUAUUUGCACAGGGGUACCUGUGAAAAAUGGAGAUGGCACUUUCAAUGUAACCAGUAAACUGGGGCUACAACCAUCUUUACAGGAUAAUGGAAAUGUCUAUAGUUGUGUUGUGGGACACAAAUCAUUUUCCAUACGGCAGGCCUUCAAUGCCACUUUGAUAGUAACAGAACCACCACCAAAUUUUAUCUGGUUGGCCGUGAUACUUGUUUUAUUAUUACUUGGUAUGAUUCCUGUAAUUCUGUACAUCAAGUACUUUAAGAAAAUUCAACCAGGGAAAUUUUCAGCAAUUAAAAAUAAAGAAUUGAAACAUUUGGAAGAAACACUGGUGGUGUUCUUGCUGCAAGGCUUUCGUCCAAAGCGUUUAGAAAUAGUUUUUUUCUUAAAACUCCCAAGCUGGAAUGAAAAACAGGAAAUAUACUCUUGGAAUACUAUGACAGCCAGCAAUCCUGAACACGGAGAAGAUACACCUCUUAUCAUCACUGGAAAAGGAGAAGAAAGUUCUGAUCUUGUCAUGAAGUUGAAGACCAUGUUUACUUUUGAUCCAACUUUGCAAGUAAAACAAAGGCGCACUUUUGACGUUUCCUGCAGUGUCAACAUAGUUCCAGAUGUAAAGCUGCUGAAGGAGUUUGAACUUACACUUGAAGUUAGACACGAGGCCUUCCCAGAUUGUUUGUCUACUGAAACAAUAUCAUUUAAAGUCAUAGAAUGUACUCCCAAAGUCUCCAAAUUUGAAUGUGAGCCUCCUGUACCAGAGUGUGGGAAAAUCAUCACAUUAUCUUGUUUAGUAGAAGAUUUCUGCCCACGGGAGUGUGGCAUUUGUUGGCUAAGAGGCAAUAAUGAGCCUUUGGAUGCUACAAGUAACACAGAGAAGCCACAGCUGGACCCAGUGUCAAAUCUGUAUUGCAAGAAAAGCAGAGUAUCCUUUAUACCUCAACCAGAAGACCACGCGGUAGAUUUUAUUGUUCAAAUCAACCAUUGUCAAAAAGUUAUAAGACAUAGUUACCCACUCCUGUUAAAAGGUUACCCCAAAGUUACAGAUAUUACAUGUGAACCAAAUGAUCCUAAAUAUGGAACUAAAUUGUCUCUAACCUGUAAAGUCACAGAUUUCUUUCUUAGUGACAUAAAAAUUAAAUGGCUUGAUGGGGGUAUUGAAAUAAGUGAAGGUGUGGACACAGAGAAGCCAGUCGAAGGCUCAAAUGGCUGUUUGAAGUUGUCUUCUAAGCUCCAGCUGAUACCAACUGCUUUGGAUCAUAAUAAGUUCAUUACUUUCAGUGUGACAUAUGGUGACCUGAAAAAGCCCAUUGUUAGAGAUGUGUAUCUAAAGCUCCCAGUUCACCGCCCUGAGAUGUCUGAAAUAAAGAAAACACCAAUGCAAAACAGUGAGAGCAUCUCUUUGGAAACUGUCAUAUCAAAUUUUGCACCUUGCAACAUAAGAGUGACGUGGUAUGAAGAAUGGGAAAAAAUAUCUGAAGACAAUCCCAGGAACAUUCAGAUUGGAGAAAACAAGUUAGGUUAUUUUGUAAGCAAAUUACAGGUUAGUCCAAAAGGCAGAGACUCCAAAGAGACAAUUAGAUGUGAAGUUUUUCACCAAGCGACACAGGAUUUUAAAGAAAAAAGCUUUGUGUGGGAAAGCAAAGAAGAUUGCUGCGAUAGCCUUGACAGAAUGUUGACUUCACCAGUGAGCCAAAACCAUGUAGGACCAUUAAUAAAUUCUAAGCUCACCAGUGAAGAACCAGUUCAGCCUAUGAAGAUAGAAUGUGUCACCAGCAACCCAAAGGCAGGCGAGAAGGUGACUCUUCGCUGUUUUGUACCUGGAAUAAGAGCAGAGGAUGCCAAUGUUUCCUGGUUUAAAGGAGUAUAUCCAGUUGAUGAUAAAAUAGAGAAUGCAAACUGUGGCGAUGGAUCUGGUUUUAUUUCAGAUGUGGUCAUUACAACUGAAAAAGAUAAGAAAAAAUAUGAAAUCAGAUGUGAAGUUUAUGUAGAUGCCAAUUAUGAAAUCUUGGAAGAAAACUUUUAUUUAGAACUUUGAGAAAUCAUUGUACUGUAUAAAGACAAAGAAUAUAUAAAAAGAACCACAGGAAAAAUUUGCUGCAGGUUGCUUUCAUACAUCCCCCGCUUGCUUCUAUGAGGUGUGUGAGUCCUGUUGGUUCUGUUUUGUGGGCCCCCUCAAAACUGAUAGGCAUUUGGGUUCAAAUGGUGUGUGUACACUGCAUCAUGUGAUUGAUUAUGUGGUGCGGGGCUUACCUGGGCUCCCACAAUAUUUUAUUCAAGUUGGCACCCCUGCUUUGAAGCCCUGUGUGAAGAAAGUCUGAUUAUAUUAAAGAGGUUGUAAUGUAUAUUAUGUAAUACAAUGAAAUAUAGCAUAAUGUAAUGUUCUGUAUUGGGAUGUGGGUGGCGCUGUGGGUUAAACCACAGAGCCUAGGGCUUGCCAAUCAGAAGUUCGGCGGUUUGAAUCCUUGCCACGGGGUGAGCUCCUGUUGUUUGGUUCCAGCUCCUGCCAACCUAGCAGUUUGAAAGCACAUCAAAGUGCAAGUAGAUAAAUAGGUAUCGCGACAGCAGGAAGGUAAACGGCAUUUCCGUGUGCUGCUCUGGUUCGCCAGAAGUGGCUUUGUCAUGCUGGCCACAUGACCUGGAAGCUUGUACACCGGCUCCCUCGGCCAAUAACGCGAGAUGAGUGCCUCAACCCUAGAGUCAGUCACGACUGGACCUAAUGGUCAGGGGUCCCUUUACCUUUACUAAUGUACUGUAGGGUGAUGACGUUGUUGAAAGUCUCUACUCUGGUUCAGUGAUAAGCUGUAACAGGACGGUGGUAGAAUUUUCAGUACACAAAAGGGGGACUGACGGUAAGCAUAUUUUGAUUGGUGGAUAUAUCUAGCUGAGCACUGGCCAGCAAAGCAAGUUCAGGGGUUGCCAUUGAGCAGGAGUCAAAAUAGAGUUGCACUUAAAUAAAUCAGUAAAGGACCUAGCUCAAUGGUAAAUGAAGGGCCUUGCUUGUGCAGACCUUGCUUGCAGAAGGUCCCAGAUUCAAUUCCCAGCAUCUCUCAAGUAGGGUUGGGAUGCACUCCUGCCUGAAACCCUGAAGAGCUGCUGCCAGUCAGUGUAGACAAUAUUGAGCUAGAUAGACCUGUUGUCUAUCUCAGUGUAAGGCAGCUUUUGUGUUUCCAUGUCUGAUAGAAAAGGCUUCCAGCAGUGACCUCAUUGGUUAAGGCUUAACUGGGAUGGAAAGAAAAGGGGCAACCCGUAUUACUAUAUUGAAGUAACUAGGUAACCUUGUCCAUAAUACUGAAACAAGCAAAUGUUGGUAUAUUUGCUUAAUAUAAUAGCUAAUUGCCUUUAUACUGCCCCUGUAUAAAGAUUAUUGGUUAUUGGUAAGUUAAUUGUCCAGAGGGAGUAAGGGCACGGCACAGAUUUAGGAGAACUUUUGGAGUGGAAGUUGAAUGUUGUUAUUUUAGAGAAAGUAGCGGGAGGGGGGGGGGACCCUUCCCUCCACACUCUGCAUAAUGGCUUGAAAUUCAGUUUUCAGAAGCUUACUCCCACACAAACCUGCCCAAGUAAUGAGCUCAUCUUCAGGGGCCUUGAUCAGAAGUUAAGACAGCUGGCAGAAAGGGGGGGGGCAUCUUGUAGAAGUGUCUCUUCAGAGAUGUACAACUGGUGCCAAAUAGGGAUGUGAGCACUUGCAGCAAGGAGCACCCCUGCUCAAAUUAAAAAGCAAUUUAAAGGCAGCAUAGUCACUCUCGGAAGCUUCCUCCCUCGAUUCUGCUCCCUUGAACCCUGAGCUCUGUGCCUUCUAUUAUACCCUUGAGUGUCAUGUUCAGGAGAGCUGCUGUCCUGCCAUAGGACCUUAGGAAGUUGUCUUAUACUGAGUCAGGCUAUUGGCCCAGGUCACUUAGUAUUAUUGAUACUGACUGGCAGUAGAGUUUCAGACAGGGCCCUUUCUUAGGCUCUACCUGGAGAUGCUAUGGAUUGAACCUGUAAUUCCCUUCCUUCCUUCUUGAGUCCCAGGGUGAGUGUUUUCUCCUUGAGGACAGGUAGUGAGCAUUUGCUGAAAUUAUUAAAGACCGCAACAGUGUAAUGCUAUGCAGGUUUACUCAGAAGUAAGUUCCAUUGUGUUUAGUAGGGCUUAUUGUUGCACGCCACCCCAAUCUAACAGUGUGAGAUUCUACCCGGAGCACAGUUUCCUUUGGAAUGAGGGACAGCAGAGACUGUAGUGACUUCAGUAUAUAUGGUUUAUUUACAAAUAUAUACAACCUGAGCCUAUGAUGGAGAGGCUCACAGCAUGGCAGACUAAAUAUCUUCUGUCGGCAGCUUGCCAACAGAGAUAAAGACAUAAACAUUGGCUAUCAAAUUCACUUUGGAGAUAAGAGUGAGCAGGAGAUUAACCGCUGAUGUUCUGAAAAAGUUGUUUACUACAUCAGGGGACUGUGAAGCGUUGCUUUUUUCUGGGCAUACUCAAGGAUAUGCAGCCUUUUUCUUCUUCAAAUGUUAAAAGUGUGGCACUUGCUGUAAUAACUUCAUGGUGAGUACUGGCACCCUUUUUCCUUAAAAAAAAAAGCACUGCUGAGAAGCUUUCUAACUAACAGACUAUUGA